CACUAUCACAAUACGUCACUUUCAUGAAAGUGGGUGUUCAUGUUCAAUACAAGUAACAAAUAAACAGCUAAAUACCGGAAUUUACAGUUAUGACCACCUGAAAAUUGACAAUGGAGGGGCUGCCUUCGGGUGAUAUACAAGCAAAGUAUCAAAAACUAGCAGCUGAGUAUUCAAAAUUGCGAGUGCAUGUCAAGGUGCUUAAAAAGGGGGUGCUGGAUGAGCAGGCGAAGUCGAACGAGCUGCGGGAUGGGCUUAAAGAAAAGGAGAAAGCUCUAAGGAAGGGGGAGUUGGAGAUAGACUCGCUGACAUUCAGGAACCAGCAGUUGACGCGGCGCGUGUCCGUCCUUCAGGAUGAACUCGACGCGUUACAGUUGAAGUUGACGAAGAAAUCAAAAAGCAAAGGGGAUGAGAAACAGCCUACAGUCAGCUAUCCUGGCCCAUUGGACUCAGGACUGCUUCAAGAAGAACUACAGAAGAAAAUCAUUGAAAAUGCACAGUAUGCUUCUCAGUUAUCAGACAAAGUAUUUGAGGUAUCCCAGUUGAGGGCUUCACUGGAGGACUACCAGAGGCACAUUAACGAGAGUGACAGUAAAUACAAGUGUGAGAUAGCCAAGCUCAAGAACAAGAACCAGGAGUUGCAGUAUUCUCUAGAAGAGGCCCAGAAGGAGAGGCUCGGAGGCACGCCAAACAAGAUUCAGCUGGCCACCAGUAGUCAGGCUGCCAGUUGUAACGGAGACUUCUUGUCUGAAGGCGGCAGCUUGGUCGGAAGUGAGGAUGCGCUAAGUUCUGUAGAUGACUUAAAUGUUACUGAACAACUUAGUAUAAAAGCACAUUCACUAGAACAGGAAAAUCAAAAACUGAGAAUGGAAUUCGAGAUGCUUCGAAUGGAAAACGAGAGUCUCAAAUUAGAAGUAGCAAAAUACGUAUCCGCGAGUCAGAAGAAGCGAGGGGAUGGUCAUGACUCUGGUGACUUCAACACCUUCGGGGAGACGUCUGUGGACCACGAGGGCAGGGUCACCGGCCUGCUGGGCAGCCUGGAGGUGCCCUUCCUGAUGACCAGCGAGGUCGAGACCAGGGAGGAACGCAUGAAGUCGUACUUUAGGAAUAAGAUUAGUGAAUUGAAGUCAGAACGCGAGGAGUUGAAGAGCAAGACUGAACAUUAUGUUAAAGAGUGUGAGAUGCUGCGUCUUCGGUUUGAGGAGAUGGAGCGCGACAGACAGGCGGACGAGCACACGCUCAGCGAGAAACACAACACUAUCAGCAGACUGGAAGAGGAGUUACAUUCGACAUCGCACAAUUACGAGGAGCAGAUGUCUGUGCUGACCGAGCACGUGGCGGGUCUGAACGAGCAGCUAGCGCGGCAACACGACGAGAUACAGCAACUGAAGCACACGCUACACAACAGGAGGAAAUAACAGACGGAGCCCUGCGGAGUACGGCUACAUCCUGCAGCCUUAUGACGCCCUGGUACCUUCACCCAUCAACAUUUGUACUAAACAAUACAGUAACGGAAAUAAGUAACGAAUUGAAGCAUUCAUUAUAAUAUGUAUACGCGAAUACGAAUCCGACCACUCAAAAGUUGUUAUGAAAUUUUAGUUUGACCAGGACUGAGAAAAUCCGUGGUAAGAAUUCUUUGGCCUAAGUGAGGCCCAAUUUGUAAUUGCCCGCAUUAAACAAUUAUACAAACUCUACAACUUAUAAAUUUAAUCUCUGGUCAAAAUGGCGGUUAGUUUUGAUAUACUAAAAGUCAAGUAAUUUAUAAUCAAAAUAUUUCUCAAAUAAAUAUGAUGGCUAUGGGUUUGAAAUCCCAAAAUACAAUACACAAAGAGUAACUAAACGAAGGCCAGUCCCAGUAUUGUAAAAUAUUAAAAAUAUAAAUUAUUGUUAAAAUAUAUGGUCAUAAAUAUGCAAUCUGUACAGUUAAAUUGUUAAACGAAGUUUAUUCGAAAAAUCAAAUAAAAUGUAAAUUAAAUAAUAAAAGAAAAUAUACAGUAAGGUAACAAUGAAGUUUGAGAAAGCUAGAUAGAUAAACAAGUAGUUAACAGUUUUUGGCAGUAGCAACAAAAUAUAUAGUAUUUUUUUAUACUAUCUGCAGAAGUUUUAUAUUAAAAAAGGGCUGUUUAACUAUAUUGACAGAUCCAUUCACAUUUUCUCUUUAACUCGCUAUACAGACUGUUCGAUACCUUACUUCUCAUUCGGCCGAUCAUCAAUAUUUUAACAGUAAAACCACCUUUAUAACAAAGAGGAAUGGUUUACUUUUGAAUGUAGUGAAAUGAUUACCUGGUUUAAAGAAAUUAAUGGCUUUUUGUAAGUAAAAAUAUACAGAGUUCAAUUGGAUUUCAACGUAACGUUUUGUCUUCUUUUCACCUAUUUCAGUGUUAAUCAAAUUUUAUUGUAUAGAAUGUAAAAAAAUGGCGUAAACUAAUAAAGGAUAUAAUAAACUUUAUCUCUGAGUGUAAAGCAUAGACUUUAAUAUAUGUAUCCGUAUCAAAAUCAUGUCACCUCCAUUUUAAUUGGCUUUUCUUUACAAAAUGUGAUUUAAUGUAUUGAUCUGAUUGUGUUCACUGUGUUAAGGCACGAAAUUGUUUAAGAAUUUCACGUUUAUUGGCUAUGAAAUUAAAGGAGAUUGAAAAGUAUUUAAUUGUUGAAAUUAGAUAAAUUAAAGUCGUAUUAUGAUCAUGUCCUGACAGAAUUUAGCAAAAUUUAUUAAAACUAGAAUAGUGAUUGUUAAUAUUUCUUCCAGGGCUAACAUUUUAGUGCCUAGUAACUUAUUAACCUAUUUUCCUGUAACAUGUAGGCUGGUUUUCCGUUUUUUCUACAUCUUGAUUUAGUUUUGUCGCACGAAACAUUGCAACUUCGACAUUAUUGAUUAUUCCAAUACUUCUGAAUAGCUUGUAUGUAAAUCCUGGCCAUCAACUAAAAAUAAACUUAUAUUGAACAUCAAUUUCAUCACCUUGUAAUUUUUUCUAGUCUUCUUUUUGAACAUUCCUGCUGCACCUUUGAUGAGAUACCACUGGCCUAAUUGUAUGUACACUGUAUUAAAUUGGCUAGUGAAUUGCGCGUUAGUUUAAUUAAACCCAUAGGUAGUGAGGGAAGUUUUUAUAAUUAUGGAGUAUCAAUUGUUAUAAAAAAUGUAUAAGAAGUAAUAGAAUGAAACCCACAGAUUGUAAGUGUAGUUUUCGGUUUUUCGUCAUAUUGAAUUAUUAAAAGACUUAUUGAUGGUUUUUCUACCUGGUUUAAAUGUAAACAAAAGAUGUCCUUUGCGAAAUUAGUGACAAAGAAAAUUUAAUACAUUUUACUGUGGGUUAUUUUACCAACGCUUGUUUACGUAACUAUCAAAAUAAGCUUUCUUAGGUAACUCAACUAAACAAAUUGGUACAAUUUUGGAUCAUCAAAACUGAAAACAUAAGCAAUGCAACUUCCAGUGCACGUAUAUGAAAUUAGCCAUCGAGUAUAACCUUGUGACCAAUAAUGCUACAUUGCAAUGCAGUUCAUCAAUUGAUUCUUUAAUUAAUAAGUCAAUGCAUAUGCAUCAACUGCUUAACCAUAGUGUUAAUGUAUCCAAUGUUCAGACUUCAGAGUUUGAAAUAAGUUAACCGGUUUAGAUAAGUUAUUUAUAUUUAAGUAAAAUAUUAUAUGAAAAUAUGUAUAUGUAAUAUGUGUAAAAAGUGGUAUAGAUAUCGCGAGCAUUUUGGUAUGUUCUUGAGACCCUAUGUAGCUAUGAUGAAGUUUCCAGAUUUUAUACGCAAGACAUACCAAAGUACUCUCAAGUCCUUGCAUAUAAUGUAUAAAUAAGAGAAAUAAAUUAUCAAUAAAUAGUUUUCAAUACUUA